UAGAUAUCUCCAAUCUAACGUUCAGUAUUUACUUCACACCCAUUCUCACAGCACCGAGACACUUCAAUAAAACCGCGCUAACAUUUCACAGUUUAAACCACCUUCCCUCUUCUCAACUCAUCUUUUCCUUUUACUGAAAAUCUGAACUAAAUCUCAUCACAAUGGACGCAAGCAAACAAACAAAGAAAGGAGCCGGAGGAAGGAAAGGAGGAGGACCAAGGAAGAAGGCGGUCACAAGAUCCGUCAGAGCCGGACUUCAAUUUCCAGUUGGAAGAAUCGGUCGAUUCUUGAAGAAAGGUAGAUACGCUCAGCGUGUUGGUACCGGUGCUCCUGUUUACUUGGCCGCUGUUCUUGAAUAUCUUGCUGCUGAGGUUCUUGAGUUGGCUGGAAAUGCAGCACGUGAUAACAAGAAGAAAAGUAUCAGUCCAAGGCAUUUGUUGUUGGCUGUGAGGAACGAUGUAGAACUUGGAAAAUUGCUUGCUGGUGUUACCAUUGCUCACGGUGGUGUUCUUCCUAACAUCAACCCAGUGUUAUUGCCCAAGAGAAAUGAAAACGCUGCCAGUACUCCCAAGUCUCCAUCAAAGGCCAAGAAAUCUCCAAAGAAGGCUUAGAUAGAUGACUUUAGAUGUUAGGUUUUGUUUCUUCCUUUUUGUUGUGAUGAUAUGUAAAACCCCUAUGAUGGAGCAGGGAUAUAUUAACUUAUACCAACCGAUGUAAUUCAAUAGUCUCUGAAUUUUCUGACUAGUAUUAUUCAUCAAUGAAAACGAUUUGUUUUCUGUUAA